GACGACAUCCUGAAAUUCGUUUUGGUUUGUAUGACUUCCGCCAUAGAGGGCAUCCAGAUAUUCUUGUUUUGCUUUUCCGAUGCUCAGACUGGAGACCAUCAACACCAGAAGCGUCCAUGCCCAGAAGUCACUGCGUCCUUUCCCAGCCGGAUGUUGUUUGCAUGGAUGACAAGGUACAUCUACCUUGGGUGGCGGAGAGACCUUGAAGAAGUUGACCUUUUUGACCUGAACCCACGAGACAGCAGUGACGUCCUUGUCCCGUCCUUUGAACGAGAGUGGGAGUUGGAGAGAGAAAGAUUUAGAAAUAAACAACGUAGUAAAGACAAGUCGAGGAACGACACCAAGAACGGCCCCACUAUGAUGCCGUCACUUCAACGUCUUACCACAGACUCCGUGCAGAUGGACAUUCACUUUCCCGCAACCGUCUUAGAAACCAAGUCCCUGGUCCCCAGCUGUUCCUCCCGAAGCUGGCGAGGAAAAGGCGGGGUCACCACAGCCUAUGGGACCCUCCACCGCCCAGGGGACGACGAGAUAAACCAAGAAACGCCGUCGCUGCUCCGAGUCUUGGUGAAACUCGUAGGACCUCGGCUCAUCCUCGGGCUGGUGUCGAACGCGGUAUCCGAAGGGAUCUUGAUUUUAUGUCCCGUGUUAUUAGGGUAAGUCCCCGGAUGUUGUCACUUGAAAAAGGAGUUGGGAUAGGACAGCAUAGGUUGUGUGGAAAAGGGCCCUGACCGACUGAACACCUGUUGCAGGCUGCUGAUCGAGCAGGUGACCAGCCCCGACAACAACGACAAGCAGUCGAGGUCUGGCUACGUGCUGGCGCUGCUGAUGUUCCUGGUGUACAUGGUCAGGACACUGCUCUCCAGUUUCAGUUUCUAUUGUGCACAACUGGUCGGCAUGCAGCUGAAGACCAUCCUCAUUGCCGCCAUCUACAAAAAGGUGAGUGAAAGGCCUUGUGGGACUUGAGUGUGCGACUCUUUUACGACAGCGAGUAUUCGGUCCAAAGAAAAGAGCCCUCACCCGUACAGGCAGCCAGCCAACAACCCAUGUAAGUGUAUGUAAGCUUAUCCAUGUGCACAGUUCUCCCAAACAUCUCUCGCUCUUUACACACGUGUCAGUCGUGUCGUUAAACCCGUUGGCGUGCAUGGGAGAGAGAGACAAAGGAUUCCGUUAUCAUCCUGUCAGUCCUUUUGCUUACCACCAAUGCAGGGAUAAUCAUAGAGCCCUGGGUUCAGAUUUUGGCUCGGGGAACAAGUACUGUUUUUUUUUUUUUUACAGAGUUGGUGACUGGGUAGGCGAGAUACUCCAUUUUCUAGAGGUGAAGUCGUCUUUUCACUAGAUAGGGGAAUCCUCCACACAAUUAGCGUAUAGUCCUUGCGACUAUUAAACCCGUUAGUUUAAUUUGUGUCGCUGCUUGUCCACUUUUUCGUAGUCGCUGACGAUGAACAGCGCCGCACGGCGACUGGCCGCCAGCGGGGAGAUAAUCAACCUCAUGUCUGUCGACUGUCAACGCAUUCAGGACGCCAUGUUCUUUUUCGUCACUUGGACCACUCCUCUACAGGUUAUCAUUGUUGUCGGUGUCCUCUACCUCUACAUCGGCCCCUCGGUCUUCGCCGGCGUCAUCGUGCUUCUCCUUCUCGUCCCCCUCAACUCCUACAUCUCAAGUUGUCAAAAGAAACUCAACAUCAGUAACCUCAAGUUCAAAGACAACAGGCUUAGGCUGACCAAUGAUAUGUUGAGUGGAAUGAGGAUGGUAAAGAUGUACGCAUGGGAACCUUCCUUCGAGAAGAUGAUCACCGAGUUGAGGAGCGAGGAGACAAAGGUGUUGCUCAGAAUGUCCUACCUGAACAUGUUUAUGGGUGUGUGCUGCUACUUCGCACCUUUCCUGGUAACCCUGGCCACGUUUGCAACAUUUGUGGAGGUCUCCCCUGACAACCACCUGGACGCUCGGCGGGUGUUCGUGAGCUUGUCCUUGUUGAACUUGCUGAGAGUGCCUCUGAACCUUCUCUCCAUCGUCAUACCCAUGACCGUUCAGUCUUUGGUGUCAGUGCAAAGGAUCAACGAGUUUCUGUGUUGUGAAGACCUCGACACAAACAGUGUUACCUGUGCUGCUGAUGCAGCCGACGCCAUAUCAGUCCGAACCGGAACGUUCACGUGGGACAAACACUACGAACCUGUCUUGAAAAACGUCGACAUCAACAUCGGCGUCGGCAGUCUGGUGGCGGUAGUGGGUCACGUGGGAAGCGGAAAGUCGUCAUUGAUCUCGUCACUUCUCGGAGAAACCGAGAAAAUAUCAGGGGAAGUAACCAUAAAGAGUUCUGUGGCUUACGUCCCUCAGCAAGCGUGGAUACAAAACACAACGAUACGGAGUAACAUUCUCUUCGGGAAACUCUUCAACGAACAAAGAUAUCAACAGGUCCUGCGGGCAUGCGCACUUGAGCCCGACCUGAAAAUACUGUCUGCUGGAGACAUGACUGAGAUUGGUGAAAGGGGUAUCAACCUCAGUGGGGGUCAGAAGCAGAGAGUGAGUCUGGCCCGCGCCGUGUACAGUGACAGCGACAUCUACCUACUGGACGACCCGCUCAGCGCCGUGGACUCGCACGUGGGCAAACACAUCUUCACCGAGGUCAUCGGCCCCAACGGCUUGCUCCGACACAAGACACGGGUGCUGGUGACACACGGCAUCCACUGGCUGCCGAUGGUUGACGAGAUCAUCGUGCUGUCCGACAACGGCAUCUCGGAGAAAGGCAACUACGACACUCUCAUGUCCCACGACGGACCCUUCGCUCGCUUCCUCAAGCUUCACCUGCAACAGAGGGAGGACUCGGAGGAAGAGGAAGACCCUGACGUCUCGACGCUCAUCAACAAGAUCCGAGAGGACGUAGAGACGGCGACUUCCGAUGGCGCAACUUCCGGUGAAGAUCAGACACACCUAGGCUGCUCUACACGCAGGACAUCCAGAUGGACAGGAUCAAAAUCAUCGUGGAUGGCGGAUUCAACAAAAUUAAAUAUCAACACGCGCCACAUGGAAGAAGACAUGUUACAGAAGGACAAUGAAAGGCUGGUGCAGGAGGAGACAAUUGAGAAAGGAAACGUGAAGUGGAGCGUGUUUCUCACCUACAUACGAGCAGCGGGCGCUUUACCCUUCGCGGCAUCCACAUUUUGUUCUUCUUCCUCUUUCAAAGCUGCCAACUCAGCCUCUGGGGUUUUUUUUUAUUUUUUAUUUUGUACAGUCGUCACGCUGGUCCUGAGCAACUUCUUGAUCUGGGUUCGAACGGUUGUUGCUUCCAAAAACCUUCACAGCAGACUUCUUGCUCGUGUACUGCGGUCACCGAUGGUCUUCUUUGACACGACACCAGUUGGACGAAUAAUCAACAGAUUUUCGCGUGACAUAGAGGCGAUCGACAACAUCAUUCCAAAAAACAUUCACGAGUUCCUCUCUAUUGGGACAAUGAUUCUUGUCACAAUCAUCGUCAUCUCAAUCAGUACACCCCUUUUCAUCAUCUUAGUCAUUCCUGUCCUCAUCCUGUACUACGUGAUACAGAGCAUCUACAUCCCGACGUCCCGGCAGCUGAAGAGGAUGGAGUCGGUCACUCACAGCCCCAUCUACGUCCACUUCAGCGAGACCAUCAGCGGCGGCGCUACCAUCCGCGCCUACGGAGCGGUCGACCGCUUCAUCGAGGAGAUAAAACGACGGGUGGACAGAAACCAGUCCUUGUACUUCACUAGUCUGAGCGCACACAGGUGGAUGACAAUGAACUUAGAAAUCAUCACAAAUCUUAUCAUUUUCGCUUCUGUCAUCUGUUCCAUUAUCACUCCAGGCAUUGGAGGAGGAACUUUGGGAUUCUCUGUCACUUACGCGAUGCAGCUCUCGGAAUAUCUGAGCUGGUUGGUCCGACAGAUGAGCGACCUGGAAACAAACAUGGUGUCAGUUGAGAGGGUGAAGGAAUACUCACAGCUGGAGUCAGAGGCUCCAUGGACUAACCCUUUGAGACGUCCAGAUCCUUCUUGGCCCGAGAGAGGUCGUCUGCUGUUUAGUGAGUACAGCACGCGCUAUCGACCCGGCCUUGACCUCGUGCUGCGAGACAUCAGCUUCAUUGUUGAGGCUGGUCAGAAGGUUGGUAUCGUUGGAAGGACAGGGGCAGGUAAAUCCUCCCUGACGCUUUCUCUGUUCCGCUUGAUCGAGGCCUGUAACGGCUACAUCAUCAUCGACGGCGUCAACAUCGCCGACAUCGGGCUCCACGACCUGCGCUCUCGCAUCACCAUCCUGCCCCAGGAUCCCGUGCUCUUCUCUGGCACCCUACGAAUGAACCUUGACCCCCUGGAUCAAUACUCAGAUGACCAAAUAUGGAAAGCUCUGGAGACUGCUCAUCUUAAACGUUUUGCAGAAGAGUUGCCAGAAAACCUGAACCACCAUGUCGGAGAAGGGGGACAGAGGCUAAGCGUGGGUCAGAGGCAGUUGGUGUGUCUGGCCAGGUCGCUACUUCGCCGAACCAAAAUCCUGGUCCUGGACGAGGCCACGGCCGCCGUUGACAUGGAAACCGACUCCCUCAUCCAGAACACCAUCCGUGAGGCCUUCAGUACAUGCACUAUUAUCACCAUCGCACACCGCCUCAACACCAUCAUGGACUACGACAGGAUCCUCGUGCUGGAUGAUGGGUUGGUGAAGGAGUACGACUCGCCCCACGUGCUUCUUGCGAACAAAAAGAGUAUUUUCUACGGCAUGGCCAAGCACUCCGACCUUGUGUAAAAUGGUGAAGGAUGCUAAUCUUGUGAAACUUGAUUAAAGACCCUGAGCUGACUUGACAUGUCUAAGGUGAUGAAUG